GUUGGCUGGUAACGCUGCCCGUGACAACAAGAAAUCCAGAAUCAUUCCAAGACAUUUACAGUUGGCUAUCCGAAAUGACGAGGAAUUGAACAAGCUGUUGUCCGGAGUAACCAUCGCUCAAGGUGGUGUCCUCCCCAACAUCCAAGCCGUUCUCUUACCCAAGAAAUCCGAGAAGGCUGCAUCCAAAUAA